AAACGAUCAAAUGUUUCCGCCAGUAACGGCGUGAAGCCAGCUACCCCUACUCAAAGCAGAGCAGCCUCCCCGUCACCCGACCGGAGCCCCAGUAGACCAAUCAGCAGACACUCAACCCCAAUACAUUUAGAGCUCCCAGCUGUUCCUGAGGAAGAUGCUGCCGUCUGUGGCUCGUCAGUCUCUGUCGGUAAUUCAGGGCCCAUCAGUGCACCGGAUAAAGGUCCAAAACAGACACAGAAAAAAGAAAAACUCCCAAAAACGGAGCCUUUAAAGCCUUCUGGGAAACAGAGAGACAUCUCGCCCAGAAUAGCAGCAGAAGGAACUCCCCAGCCCCCGGAGGUCAUGAUCCGCCUUUCAGCCGGUACCACUGACCCUAAAGAGGCCUCGAGACUUCUGGCUGAAAAGAGGAGAGAGGCCAGAAGACAACGGGAGAAAGAGGCGCAGGAGUGUUUGCAGAGAGAGGAAGCUGAAAGGCGGAAUCAUGAAGAGCAGGCUCGACAGGAGGCCGAGGCCAAGCGUCUGGUAGAGGAGAAGAGAAGAAGGGAGGAAGAGGAGCAGAGAAGAGCUGAGGAGGAGCGAGCUCAGGCUAAAAGAGAGGCUGCCCUUCUUCAGAAACAGAGAGAGGAGGAAGCAGCUAAAGAGAGAGCACGAGUUGAACAAAUGAAGCAAGAGAGAGAGAUGGCGGCACAGAAAGAGGAGGCGGAGCGCCAAGUCAGGAAAAAGCGACUUGAGGAGAUCAUGCGGAGAACCAGGAGGACAGAUUCCCCAGAUAUGAAUUCUGCCUCGCCGACGACCCUACCGAAUGAAAACACGGAGCCUCCACAUAACGGAAGGAUAGAGGACCCCAACAAGACGCCGUCUGGGACUAAAAGCACACAGCUGGGGUUAGGCAAAGAGGACGACGUGGUGCCCGUCGUGGCCUUCAAGGAACGGAGAUCCCUCAGAGCGCUUUCUGGUCUGGAGGAAAUCCAAACCAAACAGAGAGCAG